AGUUUUCCGCAUAUCUUCCAUCUUUAAACACGUCGAGUGUUUGGAGUUUUUCCUAUUCUAAUCGCCGACGAUUCGGCCGGCUCAUUAUCACAUCCACAAAAAUCUCCAUCGGGCCAAAGUGAGUUGUAAAACAGACAAAAUGAAAAGCAGCAAGUAUUUGUUCAUAUUUUUUGGAACCGUCUUUCUACAGAACUGUUUUGCAGCUCCGGCUUUAUCUAACCCGACAUUCAACGAUGAGGAUCUUACGAAUAGUAUCGAAGAAGAAAACGAUGAAAGGGAAGAGGAAGAUGAAGAUGAUACUCUGGUAUUAGAUGAGGACGAUUUUACGACACAUGGAUUAGAGAGAUUGAGUUCGGCAGCGACUUGUCUUGUGGCUGGAAUCGAAUAUACUCACGGUCAACAGAUAUACCGUCAAGAUCAAUGUGAGUUUUGUCUAUGUCUAGACGGCGAAAUGUUUUGCUGGUGGCAAGAUUGUCCUCCAACUAUGGAAGGACCUUGUAAAGAUCGAGGUCCGUUUUCUCCGUGUAUGAGUGUACCAGCUAACCCACAACACUCUCCUUCACCAUCGUCUUCUGCGCUAUCAGAAAUAACAACAAGAAGUAAUAUGGUAAGCUCAGCUAAAAGUACUGUAAAAUCUUGGUCUUCCACGAAGUCUUCGACUACGACGUCGUUUAAGCCACUAGAAACAUCUACUUAUACGGAAAGGACAUCGAUUGAUAUUUCGAGUCGACCUCCAGAGAGCAGUACUUCGGUAAAUAAUAAAUAUUGCGUUGUAAUGGGUCAAAAAUAUCAGAUUGGGGAUAAAUUACCUCAUGAUACCGGUAAUUGUUUGGAAUGUAUCUGCGGACAAGGUGCAAAAGUGACUUGUUCGCCACAUCAGUGCGCUCCGGUUGAAGAUGAUUUGAACGACUAUCACAUGUCCGGUGCCAGACAAUCUGUCCCCGACAUUUUUUAAAUUUUAAGUACUUAGAUGUUAUUUUCAGUUCAUUUUUUUUGACAAAUAUACCGCCUAAUGAAUCUUUUAUAGAGUUAUAGGGAAACGAUUAGGAAAAAUUUGAAAAAUCCAUGGCAAUUGUUAUCUUUAAACUCAAUAAUAUCGUCGACAGAAAUGUGGAAAAUUUAACCUCAAAUUCACCAAGUGACGAUUUUUGGAUAUCCACACAACCUACAGUUUCUGGAGUGGAAGACAAGAUCAAAAAAAGGAUCAUCGUCGAAAAAUACAGUACCAAAUCGUGCUGCUUUGCCAGCUUCCAUACGACUCAGACCAAUUACUUCCAAGACUGCUUUAGAUAAUGAAGAUAUCGCUUUGAGGAUGUUGGGGUUGACACUGAGUCUUCUGCGUUAACUAAAAUUGUUGAUGAAAGAAGUUUGAAGCUGUGAGAAAAUUCGUUAAUACCAACUACAUAUCUAAUACAUAUCCAGUGCUGGCAAUCUAACAAAAAAGCGGAUCUAGCAGAUUGGAAUUGUCUUUUUUGGUUUUUGGUCUUGUUUAAAGAUGCCUGCUUGCUACGUCAAUAAUUUCAAGCUUUCUAUGGAGUGAUAUAGUGAGAAAUAAUUCCUCGUGGUUAUUAUAAUAACCUAAAUCAACGAUUAUAAUCGAUAUUUAUACAGGAUGUCCCACGACGAGUUAAAACUAUCUGUAUAUGGCAAAGUACUUAUAGUAAAAUCAUGAAAAUUUCUACGUUUGGGUUUUUAGAUACGAUCUUUUUAACUAAGAUAUUUUUAAAUAUGGCCGACUUCCGGUUCUACCGGAAGUCGACUGUAACUUUGUUAUUUUUGAUAGAACAUCCUAUAUAUUAAUACAUUUUUGAAAUCUACGUAAAAUUUUAGUAUACUUUUGUCUAAAAACUUUUUUCGAAAAAUGCAUACUUUUUGCGUUAUUAAUUUUUUUGUAAAAAAUUUGACCGUUGCAGAUCCUUAUAAAUUAUUUUUUUACCCUUAAAGAUAUGAAAAUGUUUUCUAUUCUGUUGCUUUUAAAAAGGUUAGACGUAUUUGAAUCUAUAUUGAAAAAUAUUUCAUUUUAUACAGGGUGUGUAUGAAACGUGUUCAAAGUUUAACUUCAUAAAUAUCUAAUUUUUUUAUUUUUUUUUUAAAUAGAACCCCUCGGUUUUUUCUAUUUUAAUGCAUUCAAGGGUGAAAAUAAGGCAAAUUCAUAUAUACUUUCCUAUACUUAAGACUUACCCUCAAAUGUCAUUUAUACCUUAAUGCAUUAAAAUAGAAAAAACCGGGUGGUUCUAUUAAAAAAAAAAAGAAAUUAGAUAUUUAUGAAGUUAAACUUUGAACAUGUUUUAUACACACCCUGUAUAAAACGAAAAAUGUUUCAACAUGGAUUCAAAUACGUCUGAUCUUGCUAAAAGCAACCGAAUAGAAACCAUUUUCAAAUCUUCAAUGGUAUCCUCGUAAUAAAAUAAUUUAUAAGGGUCUGCAACGGUCAAAUUUUUUACAAAAAAAUUAAUAACUCAAAAAAUAUGCAUUUUUCGAAAAAAGUUUUUAGACAAAAGUACACUAAAAUUUUACGUAGAUUCCAAAAAUGUAUAAAUAUAUGGGGUGUUUCAUUUAAAAUAACAAAGUUACAGCAUUUUCAACAUCACCUUAGGAUUGAAUUUUUUACCACGGUAUGGAUCUGAAUAAAAAGUGAUCUGACUGUGCAAGUUUGGACUAAAUGCUGGUUCUUAUUCCGUAGUAUUUGGUUUAGCAUUGUCUUGUUGUAAGAUAACCUGCUAUUGAUUAAUAAAACCUCAAACUUUCGAGUCAGCUGUCCACUAUAUACCUCGGCAUUUAUAGCUCGAUCUUUUGGAAUGAUUUCCGACAGACACACAACAAGACAAGUUUUUGCCAUUGUCUUUUGUCUAACCACUAAUUUCCCAUGUUGGAGUUGUUUAGAUAAACCAUACAAUGCGUCUAGUUUAAAAAUAAAAUGAAGAGUUUCGACCAAAUAAUGACGAUGGAAUUGUUGUUUAAUAAAAAAAAUUGAUAUACAAUAGAAUCAGUUUCUGGUGGUUGUUUGUUGUUUGUUGUUGUCUGGUGUUUAUGUUUUACAACAUUUCCUCAUUAAACACGUAUUAGAACGUCCUGAUAUUGUCCUUUUAGUCCUCGCUUCCUUAUUGAUCGUUUUAUUUGAAGUCAUCUGAUUGAAGACAUCCAAAAUCCAGUACAAAAUUAUACUGGAAACAGUAUUGGAAGAAAUACGAUUCAAAAUUGGACAAAAUCGUCGAUUGGCUCGAAUACCAAGGAUAAAAAAUUACUAAUUACUCGAAUAGAUCGACCGCGAUUGGCCAAAAGUGAUGUACAAGAUCCAAAACUCAAUUAUAGAAACUAACAUUUUUUCGAAUAAUUAUCGAUUACUACUGAACAUUCAUUAUAUAAUUAUCGCUGGAACAAUCGAAAAUAAUCGAUUAUUUCACCAGUAUCGACACGUAGUUUUCUCAGUUUACGAAUUAAAUAUAAUAAUCGAUUAUCUCAUGUUUUGUUUAUUGACGUAGAUCCUAGACACGAACCAAGACAUUACAACGGUUCAGUGCUGAUUUCAUUAUCAAAAUUGUCGUAUACAAAUCGAAUGACUUUAAUAACUACAAGUUUAAAGAUUUCUAUCUCUAUUCUGUGUGUCAUAUCAAAAGAUAUAUCAAUGCGUGUCUUAAUCCAAGUAUUUAAAUGAAUAAUUAUUUGUAUAACAAUAGAAAAUCAUGAUAUGUAUCUUGUAAAGGAUGUAGUGAUUUUAUAUAAUAAUCCUUUUUAUAAUAAGUGUAAUUGGAACCAACUUGUAGAGUAGGAUACUUAGGAAUAGGUUUAUACGUUUCUUAGCUCUUGGAAAUAUCUUUGAUGUAUGAAAUUAUCGAUAAGUAUAUAUGAUAAUAAAGUUUUUUCGUUAUUUAAUGUCGACUGUUACAUAAACUGCUACUUUGGUCGAAAAAAUGGCGAAACAUCUUAAAAUAUUUAUGUCAAAACGAUUCUUCAUUACCUUCGCUGUUUUUAAUGACUUCUAAAGAAUCCAAAAGCGUGUUCCAAUGCAAUUAUAAUUCGAAAAAAGUCUUAGAUUCUUCAAUAAGCAUUCAAACAAACCGAAUAGCCCUGGCAGUUAAGGCCUUCGUAAUCUAAAAAGAAGAAUAUCACAGAAUACUUUAUUCUGUGGGCGGAACUUAUCAAAAAAUGACAGUUUACGUUAACGAUACCAUAAUUAUAAAAACGUAUAAACGAAUUUAUAUACCGAAUAAAUCUUCUCUUUCAACUUGGAGUUCACGUUUUUGACAAACACUGACAAAUCAAAUCGAUUUAGUUAUAACUUAAUAAAAUAAAGUCAAAAAUGGGUGAUUAUUUAAGUCGAAUUACAACUAGACUAUUCGAUUAUCAUCUUAAAACAAUUCAUCCUUGUGUUUACUCAUCUCAAGAAUUAUAAAUACAAAGGUAGCCCCAAAAAGUCACUACAAACAAACCGAAUAGCCCCGGCAGUUAAGGCCUUUCUAAUCUAAAAAAAAGAAGAUCACAGAAUACUCUAUUCUGUGGACGGAACAUAUCAAACAAUGACAGUUUACGUCAACGGUACCAUAAGAAAAAAAUAUUGUUUUUAUUCACAAAAAAAGUUAUUUAGAAACUCAAUUCUUAGAUUCUUCAUUAAGCAUUGAAUUUUAAUGGUAUUUGAAGAAUCAGAUUUAUAAGAAUAAUGGGAAUGCAUUUAUUGGAUUCGAUCUUUGAUUCCCCUCUGGUUGACGUUGAUCCUAAUAGAUGUUUUACCAUUUCUCUUUUGCUUCGGAAUAUAAGAGGAAUUGCAGUAUAUAUAAUUGGAUUGUCUCAUCAAAGCAGCGCAACAGCGACAUGUUGAAUCUUUUUACAUAGCAAUUUAGAACGAAGUUUAUAAUGGUCCGUGUGCACAUGAAAUCAGUGCACUUGUGGAUCGCUAAUGAAUAAAUCGGUGUCGAAAUGGAAAAUUUGAUAAAAUUACUGAUAUUAGCGUGCCAUAUACAAAAAUAAUUAAUGUUUUUUCACUUCUUUCAUAAUAAAAAAUAUCUUCUACUAUUUAUUGAUAUUCUUAAUUUAAAAAAACAAUCAAUUAUCUCGUAAAAAAUCAAUCCAAGUUUAUACUGGUGCGUGUGCACAUGAAAUCAGUGCACUUGUAGGUCGCUAAUGUAAAAAUCUGUUACGAAAUGGAAAAUUUGAUCAAAUUACUGACAUUAACGGGUCAUAUACAAAAAAAAAUAGAUGGUCUGAAUUAAAGAUGUAUCUUCGUUAGAGCCUCAAACUCUAUCCACAUCUUCUCGAAGUAUGGGGAGACUGGGGAACUCCAGAGCAUUGCACUUGGGGAUGUAUAAAAUAGUAAAUUAUUAUCUUGUUAAGCUGCUUUGGUGAAACAAUGAUUCUAAGUGUGACGGUGAAAUCGACACGUUAGUUUUACUUAGUUAGUUCUUGACAAUUUCAUCAACGAAAUCUUAAAACGUUGAUUAAAACUAAUGAAUGUUACAGGGUUAAUUUCAUUAAUAGAUAAUGACUCUUUUAUUUUAAACUGGAUUUAUUAGGUACUAGAAAUUUGAAUGAAUAUUCGUAUCGAUAUUGUAUACGUCUAAGAAGUAGAUUUAUAACUGAUUAUGAGAAAUAGUCAUUAGAUACAUUGUAUAAAGUACGAGGCUAACAAUAUUUAGAUAUUCAAAUAAAUGGUAUUAUAUUGAUGUGAUAGAAAAGUAUUAUUUCGAAAUUCGGAGUUAUUUUCAAUGUUAAUAGUGUUAAGUUUAGGAAAUUUUUAACGUUUUAUCUCAUGAAAAGAAUAAAAUUUUCAAUAUAA